GGCGGAGCGGAGGACUACUGAGCCACAGGCCUGUCCUUUGCUUCCGCGCGUCGGUCGGCAGGCAGGUCUCGCUCUCCUCAGCCGCGGCCGCCACCGCCGCCGCCGCCAUGUGGGUGCCUUGGACGGGAUCCGCUCGCCUCCUCCUGCUCCUGGCCUCCAUGUGCAGGGGGCUUUCCUCGGGGUCCCAGGAGCUGCGCUACCCGCCUAAUCGAAUAGCUGUAAUUGGAGCUGGCAUUGGGGGCACAUCUGCAGCCUACUUUCUGCGCCAGAAGUUUGGAAAAGAUGUCCUGAUUGAUGUAUUUGAAAGAGGGGCUGUGGGUGGCCGUCUGGCUACUGUCAACUUGGAAGGAGAAGACUAUGAAGCAGGAGGAGCUGUCAUCCACCCUCUUAACCUGCACAUGAAGCAUUUUGUCAAAGAACUAGGACUUUCUGCUCCCAAAAGCCAAGGAGGCCUCAUGGGCAUUUACAAUGGAGAUGAGUUUGUCUUUGAGGAGAGUAGCUGGUACAUUUGGAAUUUUGUCAAGCUCCUGUGGCACUAUGGACUGAAUCCCUUGCGAAUGAGCAUGUGGGUGGAGGAAAUUCUGGACAAGUUUAUGAGGAUCUAUCGGUAUCAGGCCCAUGACUAUGCCUUCAGCAGUAGCGAAGGUUUGCUUCACGCUCUUGGAGGGGCUGAAUUCCUUCAUAUGCUGAAUCAGACCAUUGAUGAAUCCAUGCAGAAGUCUGGCUUUUCUCACAAGUUCAUCAAUGAGAUAGUAACUUCAGUCAUGAGAGUAAACUAUGGCCAAGGUACCAAUAUCAAUGGCUUUGUAGGUGCUGUAUCUUUAGCAGGUGCCGAUAGUGGACUUUGGUCAGUAGAAGGUGGCAACAAACUGGUAUGCACUGGCCUUCUGUAUGCUUCUAAAGCACAGCUGAUUCCUGGCACAGUUAUUUCUAUAGAGGAGAAGACAAGGCAAAAUGGACGUUCAGGUGGUAGUGUGAAGCUGUACGAAGUGACCUACAAUUCUACAUCAGGAUUAGCGAGUGAUGCAUACAACAUCGUUCUGAUUGCAACCCCCUUGAACCGUAAGAUUGCCAACAUAACAUUCCUCAACUUCAAACCACCCAUUCCUGAAUUCUCCAAGCCCUAUCAAGAGACUGUAGCAACAUUUGUCCAUGGUCACAUCAAUGCCUCUUUCUUUGGCUACCAGGACCCUUCCUACUUCCAUCUAAGUGGCAUUUUCACAAUUGAGGAUCCAAAGUUAUUUAUAAAUAGCAUGGGCAUUGUAGGUCCAGUUAAGGAUAGAAAAGAUGUACUGAACCCAUUACUGGGCCCUCGAGUUUGGAAAAUUUUCUCACCCCAACCCCUCACCACAGAGCAAAUGAACUUUCUUUUCCUUUCCUACGAUACCACUACAGUAAAAACAUGGCUAGCCUACCCACACUACAGCCCCCCGGAGAAAUGCCCACCUAUCAUCCUUCACAGUAGAAUGUACUACCUCAACAGCAUAGAAUGGGCUGCAAGCGCCAUGGAAAUGAGUGCAAUUUCAGCUAAAAAUGCUGCUCUUCUGGCUUACCACCACUGGUAUGAAAAGAUGGACAUGAUUGAUCAGGAAGAUUUGCAUGAAAGACUCAAAACAGAACUCUGAGUUGGGAUCCUCAUUGUUUGGAAAAAUAGUCUUAAGACUGGUGGUGGUAUUACACUGAAACUUAUCUUCAAGGCUGUACUUCAAGGGGGAGGAAACAACUCUGGACUGUUUUAAGAACACUUGGUAACUGAUGAACACAACCUACUGUUUAUUUUUGCCUAUCCAAAGAGGCAAGGACCUCCAGGAAUAUUUCUUCUGAACACAGAAAGAAGUCUGUCAUACUAGAAAGUAUCCUAAAUUCUUGCUCUGCAUAAGGACCUAAUGUUUCAUAAGCCUACUAGAGAACACUGAAUUAGGCCUCACUGUGUCAUAAGGUUGCUUAGCUUUAAUCUCAUUUAAUUGGGCUACAUGAAUAAGUGAAAAUUAAGCACCUGUUAUAUCUUAGCAUCAGCAUAUAGCUUAUAAGUCCAACCACUCCAAGUCAGAUCACAGUCUACUGUAAGUAAGUUCUCUAGUAGCCUUCAAGGUGAAAGCCAUUAUGUUCUACUCUGGUUCAGUCCCUACUGAAGUGCAUGGGGAAAUAAGGUGUGCAGUAGUAUUUGGUAUAUAGUGUGUCAUCUAUUGAAAGUAUGCUUACUGAUUAUGAAAGGUAGAAAUACUGAAUAUCAUCUAGUAGAGAGAAAUAGAAGGCAAUGGUAUGUGCAAUGCAUGUUAGCUUGGGUUUUUACACUCUAAUUCUUGAAAGCCAUCACAUGUGGAAGAAAAGCCCAAACCAACAGCAAGUUCAAGGAUCAGGCAGGUCAGGUAUCAGCAACUAAAAAUGAGGACUAUGCAGAAAAGCAGAAAAAAAUCGUUUGUUGAUUUAAUCUCCCUUUUGCUGCACUGCAGAAGUUAUACUGACUUACAGAGGGUUUUCUUUACUAAAAACUUCACAGUCAAUACACUGUGUUGAGGAAAUGUUUAGCAGAAACAAUACUAUUGCUUUAAGACUUUUUUGAUCUUUAACAUACAACUACAGUCCCUGUUCAGCAACUGAAGAAUUCAUGUACAACCUACUAUUAGGUACAGCACACUUGUUUACUAUGAACUGCUACUUACAGUGGAGAGCUAACAAGCCAUUUGCCACAAGAAGCAACUAACACUGGUCCAAAAACAGGACUCAUUAAACUUUUUAACCUAUUAAAAUCAAUAAGAAAAUUAUCCUAAAUGCCCAAACAGCCAUUCAUCUGGUUUUGUGAAUUUUGCCACCAGGCUGUUAUUUAUUCUGUUCACUAUUUAUACCUUGGGCAAAACAGUAUUGCAAUAAGCUCAGCACUGAAGUACUGAUAUUUUGCUAUUAAAGUGGAUAACAUCAUGACUGAAUUCAGGUGGAAUUUUUUACUCUCUUGGUGAAAAGGUACAAUAUAGAGGUUGUGUCUGUAUUCUAGUAUAGUCUUUGAGGGAUAACUAGCAUUUCUUUAUAAUCCUUACUGUCAGAGGUUUUUCUAUUACCUACUAACACAGUUCCUUUAUCCAGGUAAGUCAUUUAGUCAAUAAGGUGCCAUAAGAAUGGUUGUUUUGACUAGACAUGCUAACAUUGGUGCAGCUCUGGAAUUUAUCCAUCUACCUGCAUAGCAGCUGAAAGACCCACCUUCCAAUCCAGAAUGUCUGAGGUCAAACAACCAUAGGAGGGAAAAAUUACAGCUAGAUAGCUGUUACUGGCUGC